UCAAAAACUACAAAAGUGAUAAACACCACCGAUCAGAAAGGACACCACGUCUAAAGUUCCUUGCCUGGCGCCAAUACCGUAUUUCCAGGAGAAUUUACCAUUUCAGUGAGAGAAAUUAAAGGAAAUAUAUUCCAAAAUUCAGAUAAUUAAGAAAAAAUAAAAAUAAACACUUGAUCAUCAUCAUCAUAGACCAGAAAGCAGUUACCAGAUGAUAAGCAUUACAUAGCUUAGCAUAUCUUUUCACUGCCUCAAAUCCAAAUCUUUUACACUUUGUUUUUGGCCCGAGUAAGAAAGAACGAAUGAUGAAUGAAUACUAUUACAACAACAGGCGCAGAGGCCCUAAGCUAAAGGCAGCCAUAAAGGUGGUGAUGGUUAUCAUGGGAUUUUUCCUCGUUGGCUACAUUGUUGGCCGACCUUUGUAUUGGCAUCUUUCUGAAUUUUUAACGGCCAAGAUUCGUUCUUCUACCCCUCGUUGCCAUCCUUGCUCCUGUGAUUGCUCUUCUCAACCCCUCCUUACCCUCCCUGAAGGAUUGAGCAACAGCUCCUUUACAGAUUGUAUGAAGCAUGAUCCUGAAGUGAGCCAUGAGAUAGAGAAAAGUUUUACAGAUAUGUUGUCAGAGGAACUGAGGUUAAAUGAAGAAGAAGCUCAGAAAAAACAGCAACGUGCAGACGUGGCGCUGUUGGAGGCUAAGAGAAUGACAUCUCAGUACCAGAAAGAGGCAGAGAAAUGCAAUUUUGGAAUGGAUACCUGCGAAGCGGCAAGAGAAAGAGCUGAAGAAGUAUUACAAGAACAAAGGAAACUUAGUGCAAAAUGGGAGUUUAGGGCUCGCGAGAGAGGAUGGAGAGAAGGCCUCAUGAGGUCUCAGGUUAAUCAAAACUUCGAAUAGAUUAGGUAAUUCUGAGGAAAUCCAAUGUAGCACGUUGAAGCACAACCAUUUCGAAUCUGAGUUUUGAUCCUAGUUAAUUCAUUUUUUAACUUACUCAA